UCAAACAUGGUUGGGCCUUCGGACAGACGCGGCACAAUAGCAUGCAGCUCCUGCCGCAGCCGUUACAGGUGCCGCCCGACGCCCGAACACUCCGUUGCUUAAUAUGCAUGACCUCCAUCCACUACACUUUAAGAUAAAGGACAGUGCAUCAGCAGGGGGCAGUACCGCUUGGGAAAUGCUUGUAAGCCCGAAUUUCUUUCUAGUUGUUCUUCCAUUUCUGUUGGGGGAAGGAAGCAAGCGCUUCUUUGCGGCGUGAGUUACGAGCACAAGGCGAACAUGAAGGAGUUGUUGAUUAAACAUUUUCGUUUUCCUGCGGAUUCAAUUCGCGUUCUUGCAGAAGAGAUGGACCAAGACAAAAAGCAAACAUGGAAAGGUCUUUGCGUUGGCUUUGAUAAGUCAACACCUACCAUUGCUCCUCCAAUCAAGCCGUGAAUCACUCCACCGGUCAAGCCUCCAUUAUCUCCUUGAAUCUUGGCUGAGAUUACUCUGAAUUCACUAUGUAUAGCUCCCACAUCCAUCAUUGACUAUGUAUAAAAAGUCAUGUAUAGCAAUGUAUUAUCAAGUGGAAAAUAUACAAAUUAAUAAUUUCUUCAGGGUUGUGGAGGACUGCAAGCCUGGAGAUUCGUUGGUGUUCUACUUGACUGGACACGGGCUGAGGCAAACUGAUUUUAAUUAUGAUGAGCUUGACGGUUUUGAUGAAACUCUUUGUCCUUCUGAUAUUAAGGCUCAAGGAAUGAUCUUAGAUAAUUAUAUAAAUGAUACCAUUGUUCGGCCUCUUGUAAAGGAUGUCACACUGCAUGCGAUUAUCGAUGCUUGUCGUAGUGGAGCUGCUCUUGAUCUUGACUACAUUUACAACAAAGAGAAGAAAGAGUGGGACAAUAAUAGGCAUCCAUUAUGUCCUAUUAAUAAAAGUACAAAUGGUGGACUAGCCAUUUGUUUCCGUGUCUGUAGAGAUGAUCAAACAGCUGCAGAGACCACUGCUUUCUCAAAAAAUUCCAUUACUGGUGCCCUAACAAGUAGUUUUAUUAAAACAUGUAAAGAAAAUCCCGGUGUGACAUAUGGAGAUCUACUAAAUAUGAUACAAGAAGCCAUUGAUAAGGCCGACGAGGGGGAUACCUCAAAUCUAGGUUUCUAAAAAGGUUGCUCAAACAAACAUUGACACAGGUGGAGAACUACUUGUCUUUAUGUGCACAAUCUUCAAAUUGAAGUGUAGCAUGGUUGUGCGACAUUGGAAGGAUAGGUGAAGUUUUUCAUACUUACAUAUUUUCCCCAACUAGAGUUAGUAUUCUCUAUUGUUGGGUUAGAAUGUAAACUUUGAGCAAGCCCGCAUCACAUGUAUGUUUCUUUGCCCUCCUGUAACCCACACGAGUGGGUCUUUGGGUCCAUUUAUUGCGAGUAAAAAUUUUUCAAUUUUUUCCAACUCAAAUUUUUGUAUAUAUAUUUGUGUGUGUGUGUGUGUGAUUUAAUUAUUAGUCUUUUCAAA